GCGUGGCCACCACACUCGCCCAAUACGCCGCCCCGGCAUACCCAGCGCAUCACGCUGAAGCUGAACACGCAUACGCCCCAACCCCGUACAACUUCGAAUACAGCGUAAACGACCCACACACUUACGACGUGCACAGCCAAUCCGAAUCCAGCGACGGAAACGGUAACGUCAAGGGAACUUACAGCCUUUUGGAAGCCGAUGGUUCCACCCGCGUCGUCGAAUACACCGCCGAUGACCACAGCGGUUUCAACGCUGAAGUCAAGAAAAUCGAAGGACACAGCCAAGGUUACAAGGCACCGUACAGCACACCUGCCCCAGCCUACAAGCCAGCUUACUCCGCACCCGCAUACUCUGCACCCGCUCACUCUGCACCAGCAUACUCUGCACCCGCUCACUCUGCACCAGCAUACUCUGCACCCGCUCACUCUGCACCAGCAUACUCUGCACCCGCUCACUCUGCCCCAGCCUACAAGCCAGCUUACUCUGCACCAGCAUACUCUGCACCAGCAUACUCUGCACCAGCAUACUCUGCACCAGCAUACUCUGCACCAGCAUACUCUGCAUCAGCUUACUCAGCACCAGCAUACUCUGCACCAGCUUACUCAACACCCGCACAUGCUGCACCAGCUUACCCAGCACCCGCACACUCUGCACCAGCUUACUCCGCUCCGGCCUACAAACCAGCAUACUAAUUUAUUUAGUUGAGUACGCUACU